AUGGCUAAUCGUACUUGGGGAAGAAAUGGUCCUGCAUAUAAUGUUGGAGGCGGCUACAUGGCUCCUAAUGCCCCACAAAUGGGUGCCAAUAUGAAUUACUAUCAAAUGACCCAAAUGGAUAGACGGGCAAUGUACACAAACAAUCCAGGUGUCAAGCCAUACAGUGGAGGUGGUUAUCGCGAUGACGGUGCUUAUCGCCGUCGAGAUGACUAUCGCCCUGGUAAGCGACCAAGAGGUAAGAGCCCAGGCGGUGAUAGGCAUUCUCAUGGCCACGAUGUCUAUCAUAAGGAUAGGGCAUCGGGUAGACGUCCGCAAUAUUCAUCUCGCUACGAAGUCAAAAUUCCAAAACUUCCAUUGACGCUAAAAUCUGCGACAUUCCCCGAGCUUAAGUUACUGUAUCAUGGCCUUACUAUUCCUGGCGAUUACUCAAAAGCCAUCUUCUCGUGGCAAGAAGCUUUCCCAAUGUACGAACCUAUGAAGAUCGCUACCAAAACGGAAUUCUAUAUUUUGCACAGGGAUGUGGAAUCACCAUUUACCCAUCCUACUAAUGCACUAAGUGUUUCAGACGCGGAUUAUUCAUAUUCAGUUCGUAUUCUCCCCAUAGCUUCACCAGAAUUAGGUGAACUUUAUAAGCAAACCUUCCGUGCUGCUGACGAGAAGGUCGAUGUUGAAAAAGUUUCUGCUAUUAAAAACAUCCAUUUCUUACUCGGUGGAAAAACCAAGGUUGACACCUUGGCCAUUGGUGGUCCAUGGUCUCCUAGCUUGGACGGGGCUGAUCCUGAAAGUAAUCCAAAGACGCUUAUUAAUACUGCCAUUAGAACCUUCAAAGGUUUCACUGGUGUAGAUUUGUCAUCUGUAACGGAGUGGGUUCGCUUCCUCGAACUUCGCUACUAUCGCAUGGCAGGCACUAAAGCUCCUGCACUCAUUGAAGAUGAGGAAGAAAGAGAAAUUACGGAAGACAAAACCGAAGUCGUUGUCUUCUUGAUUCCAAAUUGUUCUCACCUUGUUCCCAACGAUAAGGCUUGGGAACAGACGAAAAAGUCCUAUCAGGAUGCAUUCCAGAAGUUAAUUUCGACUCCAGAAACACCUGCGAAGCCCGAGGAAGGUGUUAAACCAGAGGAGCCUUCUGUGACAGAGACGGCAAUGGAAUCUUCUCAAGUUUCUGAAACUACAAUGGAGGAGACCCUUGAUAGCUCUCAUGCUGAACCUAUUGAAGGUGAACCGACAAACUACUCAAAACUUGACAUCAAUAGCAUGAAGGUGAAUGAACUGAGAGCUGAAUUAAAUGCCAGAAAAUUGGAUUCUAAGGGUGUUAAAGCCACUCUUAUUAGUCGCCUUCAAGCUGCUAUUGAUGAAGAACGAAAAGCGGAAGAGAGUGAGAAUGAGCCCAAACCCAUUGAUGAACCCAUAAAACAGUCAGCCGAGGAUUUGCCAACUAGUCAAACACCAGCAACUGAAGUCACUGCAGUGGAGCCAAAGAAGGAACAAGCGCAGAAAGAGAUCUCAGAAAAAGAACGUCGUCGUUUGGAGCGUCUCUAUCGUUUGGGUGAUAAGGCGGCUAUUCUAAUCCAUCCUAACCGCUUGGCACGUGGCGGUCGAUUCGAUUGUCAUCGAGUUUCGUUGCAUUCCCUUCUCAAUUAUCCCCAGUCUGAUGAGCAACAAAAAGAGCUCAACUUUGAGGUCUGCCUGUUUGCCGAGCAGUUCCAUACUAUGAUGCAGCGUGAUUGCGCUUUCACUAUCUUCAAAGGAGUCUACUCUGCACCUGAAAAGGAUGGAAAGGCCGAACAAAAUGGACACGAUGAAUCCGACGUUAAGCGUAGAAAGCUCGAAGAAGAGGAAGAAACCACUCCGACUAGUGAGAGUGAGGAUGCCAACAAGCCGCGAAAAAUGCGAAGGACUGUCGAAUUCGAUCUUCUUUUUGCAUUCUCGUUCUUUGAUUCGGGUCACGCUGGCUACAUUCGUGAGCAUGAUCUAGUUGAUAUUCUCCAUCUUCUCAACUUGGGCUAUUCGAAAUCCCAACUGAAGAAGCUAGUUGGAAAAGUAGCUCACAGAGACAACGUGCGCUUCAGAAAUCUUACUGAUCGUGCUGUUGUUGAAGGUGACGAUAACGAUGUUAUCACUUUGAAGCUCCAACCGAAUGAUCCAGAAUUUCUACGUGAUCUUGCGGCUGGUAAUGACCUGCUGUUUGGAGGUGAAAAACCUGAGGGCUCUUCAAAGGUUAUUGUCGCUCCAUCAGUUGGUACUGAGGAGUUACUCAAACGUGUCCAAACUGCAGAGGAACUGAAGAAUGCAAUGGAAUUGAAGUUCUUCCAAAUCAAGGACGAGUUGGAAAAGACUCGUUCACGUCUGAAUGCCAGCAAGGACAUUGAAGAUCGUUUGAAGAAGGAGAAUCGAGAGAAUGCAGACAAAUUGCGUGAAGAAAUACGUAUCAGCCGGGACAAUAAGAGCCUAGUGUCAACGUAUAAUUACCUACUAAAACAUUCUAAGGAUCUUAUGAUGAAAGCAGUUGGGGAAAUUGAUAAACAGUUCGAGAGGGAAAGGGCCAAACGUGAAGCUGCAGAGGCGGAGAAAUUGAAACGAGAGAGUGUUGAAGGUGGAGAGAAGAAGGAAGAAAACCCUGCAACCUCAGAAGAUGAAAAGAAGGAUUUACAGAAGGGUGGUGAAGACAAACCGGAAUGGGAAGUUGUUGAUCAAGUGUAA